GGACGUGACAGCUGCACUAGAAGGCAAGGAAAGGACCUAGAAGCACUUGAAUGGAACAGGACGAAGGAUUAUUUUCUUUGACUGUGGAUGGAAUCUGUCUAUGAAACUGACCUUUCUGGAUUUAAAAAAAUUUGACCUUUUAAGGAACUGGUUCUGCAUGGGUGGACCUUUAUGCUCACCUGGAAACCCAGUGAAGUCGAUGAAGCACUGUACAAAAGCCUGGAUAUAUUUGAAUUCAAGAGUGGAGCCUAAAUAAGUAGUAACUAUUAUUAUUCCUGUUUCACAGUUGGAAAAAUUAAGAUACACAGAGACUGAAUUAUCUAAAACCUCACAGCAAGAACUGGGAUUAAAACCCAGGACUGUUCUUCAGCCUUGUAUUUAGGUUGCUAGACCAGGUAUGUCUUGGAAGCCUCUGAAGCUGCCUCUUCAAAUCCAUUUCUUCAAAGGACAGAGCACACCAGCAUUAUAUAACUCAUAGGCCUGGAAAAUGGCUGUGGAAAUUCCAAAAGAGACAGGGAUAUGGAGGCAAACCAAAGCUCUCUUAUUCAAGAACUAUCUUGUUAAAUGCAGGACGAAAAAGAGCAGUGUACAGGAAAUCCUGUUUCCACUAUUCUUUUUAUUUUGGCUAAUAUUAAUGAGCAUGAUGCAUCCUAAUAGAAAAUAUGGCGCGGUGCCUGACGCAGAUCUUGGUUCUCUAGACACUUCCAUGCUUGUGAAUUUCGUUCUUGGAUAUACCCCAGUGACCAAUAUGACAAGAAGGAUCAUGCAGAAAGUGGAUUCUGAUUUCUUUGCAGAUGGCAUAAUUACAGAGGAAUAUUUAAGUGAAGAAGAAUUACAAGAUGCUAGCAUGUUUAAAUCAUCAAACUUUGUGGGCAUAGUUUUCAAAGAUUCCAUGUCCUACCAGCUUAGAUUUCCUAAUGCUGUCACGAUGUCUUCCAUUUACAUGGAAUCAAGAGCCAGUUGUUCCAGUUCAUUGAACAGAUGUGAAUCCGUUGAAUACUGGCGUUCAGGAUUUGUAGCUCUACAAGCUUGCAUUGAUGCUGCAAUUAUUCAGCUGAAGACUAAUCAUUCAGUCAGGGAACAACUGGAAUUAACAAAAGCUGUUGUUAUGGGAGAGGCUGCGGUUAUGGAAAUAGACCACUUUCCCCGUGCAAUCAUUUUAAUUUACCUAGUAAUAGCCUUUUCUCCCUUCGGGUACUAUUUGGCAAUUCACAUCGUGGCAGAAAAAGAGAGGAAGUUGAAGGAAUUUUUAAAAAUACUGGGACUUCAUGACACUGCCUUUUGGCUUUCCUGGGUUCUGUUAUACACAACCUUGAUUUUUGUCAUGUCCAUUCUUAUGGCAGUCAUUGCAACAGCCUCUUCGCUAUUUCCCCUGAGUAGUUCCUUUGUGAUAUUUCUUCUGUUUUUCCUGUAUGGAAUAUCCUCAGUGUUCUUUGCUUUUAUGCUGACUCCUCUUUUCAGAAAAUCAAAACAUGUGGGUAUCGUUGAAUUCUUAGCAACACUGGCUUUAGGUUUUGUGGGUCUUAACAUUGUAUUAUUAGAGGAUUUUCCAAAGGCUUUUGUAUGGGUUGUGAGCCCAUUCUGUCAGUGUACAUUCCUGAUUGGCAUUGCCCAGGUUAUGCAUCUGGAAGAUUAUGAUGAUGGUGCACUGUUUUCAAAUCUAACUCAUGGUCCUUAUCCGCUUGUUCUUUCUCUCAUUUUACUGGUACUGGACAGCAUGCUUUACGUGCUUCUUGCUGUCUACCUUGAUCAGGUCAUUCCAGGUGAGUUUGGAUUGCGGCGGACAUCACUAUUCUUUAUGAAACCCUCAUUUUGGUCAAAGCGCAGAAGAAAUUACAAGGAGUUAUAUGAGAGUACUAUUAAUGGAAGUCUAAAUUUCAGUGAGAUGGUUGAACCGGUAUCCCCUGAAUUUCAGGGAAAAGAAGCUAUCAGAAUCAACUCCGUUCAGAAAACUUUCAGAAAAAAAGGUGAAACUGUGGAGGCUCUCAGAAGUCUAUCAUUUGAUAUAUAUGAGGGUCAGAUUACAGCAUUACUUGGACAUAGUGGAACGGGAAAAACAACACUGAUGAACAUUCUUUGUGGACUUUGUCCACCUUCUGAUGGGUUUGCAUCUGUUUAUGGAUACAGAGUCUCUGAAAUUGAUGAAAUGCUGGAAGUAAGAAAGAUUACUGGUGUCUGCCCACAAUUAGAUAUACAUUUUGACAUUUUAACAGUGGAAGAAAAUUUAUCUAUAUUUGCUUCAAUAAAAGGGAUACCUCCCAAUGAUUUGAUACAAGAGGUGCAGAAAGUACUGUUAGAUUUGGAUAUGCAGCCUAUCAAGGACAACCAAGCUAAAAAAUUAAGUGGAGGGCAGAAAAGAAAACUGUCUAUAGGCAUUGCUGCUCUUGGGAAUCCCAAGGUUUUACUUUUGGAUGAACCAACUGCUGGCAUGGACCCAUGUUCACGGCAUGUAAUUUGGAAUCUCCUGAAAAAUCGAAAGGCUAAUCACGUAACAGUAUUCAGUACACACUUCAUGGAUGAGGCAGAUAUUCUUGCUGAUCGAAAAGCUGUGAUUUCUCAAGGGAUGUUGAAAUGCCUAGGCUCGUCUCUCUUUCUUAAAAGCAAGUGGGGUAUUGGGUACCGGUUGAGCAUGCAUAUAGAUGCCUAUUGUAAUAUAGAAGCUACAACCUCCUUGAUCAGACAGCAUAUACCAGGAGCCAGUCUGAUGCAACAAAACGAAGAGCAACUGGUGUACACCUUACCUUUUAGAGACAUGGACAAGUUCUCAGGAUUAUUUUCUGAUCUAGACACUCAUUCACAUUUGGGUGUUAUUACAUACGGAGUUUCCAUGACAACCUUGGAGGAUGUGUUCCUGAAGCUAGAAGUUGAAGCAGAAAUUGAUCAGGCAGAUUAUAGUGUAUUUAAUUCUCAGCAAGCACAGGAGGAAAUAGAUGCAAAAUCACUUGAUGAGAUGGAGCAAAGCCUACUGAUACUCUCCGAGACAAAAUCCUCCAUAGAGAGCAAUGUAGCCCUUUGGAAACAGCAGGUGUCUACAAUAGCCAGGGUUCACUUCCUCAGUUUAAGACGUGAGAAUAAAUCAGUGAGAAUUAUGUUGUUGCUUUUCUUAGUUUUCCUUGUAGUUCAAAUUUUUAUGUUUUUCAUUCGUCACUACUUGAAAAAUGCUGUAGUUCCUCUCAGACUCUCCCCAGAUAUGUACUUGUUGAAACCUGGACAACAAUCUCACAAGUACAAAACAAGUCUCCUCCUUCAAAAUUCCACAGGAUCAGAUAUUGAUGAUAUCAUCAGCUCUCUUGGGAGCCUUAACAUACUGACUGAGGUAUUCAAUAGCAGUGAUUAUGUGUCAGCAGCUCCGCAUACAGCAGCUUUAAACAUAUAUAAUUCAGGAAAGAAUUACAUAUUUGCUGCUGUAUUUAACAGUAGUAUGGUGCAUUCCCUCCCUGUUUUGAUGAAUGUCAUUAGCAACCUGGUUCUCCGCGACUUAAAUGUGACUGAGAGCAUUCAGAUAUGGAGCAACCCAUUCAUUCAAGAAACUGUUGAUGCAGUGUUCAAACUAGAACUUUACUUUGAAGCCGUGUUGCUAGGAAUCAUUGUAACUGGAAUUCCACCAUAUUUUGCAAUGGAGAAUGCAGAAAACCAAAAGAUCAAAGCCUACACUCAGCUUAAGAUAUCGGGCCUUUACCCAUCUGCUUACUGGACUGGACAAGCAAUCAUUGAUCUGCCUUUAUUUUUCUUUAUUCUUGGCUUAAUGAUAGGAAGCUUAUUUGCAUUUCAUUAUGGUGUUUAUUUCUAUGUUGGGAAGUUCCUUGCUGUGAUCUUCUGUCUUAUUGGCUAUGCACCUUCAGUUGUGCUGUUCACAUAUGUGGUUUCUUUCACAUUUAAAAAAAUUCAAAAUACUAGAGAAUUUUGGUCAUUUAUUUUUUCAGUGGCAGCUUUGGUUUGCACCGUUGUCACUGAAGUGGCUUUCUUCAUGGGCUACUAUACUGUAACCACUGUUCUUCAUUAUAUCUUCUCCAUUUUCAUUCCAAUCUACCCUCUUAUUGGAUGCUUGAUUUCUUUUAUAAAGGUCUCAUGGAAAGACCAGCGAAAGAACGAAGAAUACCAUAAUCCAGGGAACAGACUCGUGAUAGCAGUUGUAGCACCUUAUUUGCAGUGCAUACUUUGGCUGCUACUUCUGCGAUAUCUUGAGGUGAAGAAUGGAGGUAGAGCAGUAAGAAAAGACCCAUUUUUCAGAAAUUAUUUUACAGAGGGUAAAAUCUGGAAGGUUCCAGAGGUACCACAUGAUGAAAAUGAGGAUGAAGAUGUAAAGGCUGAGAGGUUGCGAGUCAAAGAAAUUCUAACCAGUCAAAACUGUGAGGAGAAGCCAGCAAUUUUGGUCAGCAGUUUGCAUAAAGAAUAUGACGAAAGGAAAGAUUUUCUUCUUAGAAGAAACAUAAAGAAGGUCGCGACUAAGCACGUCUCUUUUUGUGUAAAAAAAGGAGAAAUCCUGGGAUUGUUGGGGCCCAAUGGAGCAGGGAAAAGCACGGUGAUUAACAUGCUGGUUGGAGAUGUUGAACCAACUGCUGGCCAGGUGCUGAUGGGAGAUGAUUCUUUUGGACCGAACGGUGAAGCGGAUUUGAUUAAAUUUGUGGGAUACUGUCCUCAAAUAAAUCCACUUUGGCCAGAUGUUACGUUGCAGGAGCAUUUUGAGAUUUAUGGAGCUAUCAAAGGAAUGAGUAAAAGUGAUGUGAAAGAAGUAAUAAAACGUAUUGCAAGUGCUCUAGAUUUGAAAGAGCAUCUACAGAAAACAACGAAGAAGCUUGGAGUGGGAGUUAAACGUAAGUUAUGUUUUGCACUAAGUAUGCUGGGUAAUCCCCAGAUUACGCUGCUAGACGAACCAUCUACUGGAAUGGAUCCCAAGGCCAAACAGCACAUGUGGAGGGCAAUUAGAGCAGCAUUUAAAGGCAAAGAGAGAGCAGCUAUUCUGACCACUCAUUAUAUGGAGGAGGCUGAUGCUGUAUGCGAUAGAGUAGCAAUCCUGAUUUCAGGGCAGUUAAGGUGCAUUGGUACAGUUCAGCAUCUGAAGAGUAAAUUUGGCAGAGGGUACUUCUUGGAAAUGAAAUUAAAAGACACUGCAGGAGUUCACCAGAUGGAGAUGCUUCAAAGGCAGAUUUUACACAUCUUCCCAAAUGCAAGUCGGCAGGAAAGUUUUUCCUCCAUUUUAGCAUUUAGAAUACCAAAAGAAGAUGUACAGUCACUUUCACACUCCUUCUCUAAACUGGAGGAAGCAAAGCAUGCUUUCAAUGUUGAGGAGUACAGCUUUUCUCAAGCCACACUGGAACAGGUUUUUGUGGAGCUUGCCAAAGAGCAAGAGGAGGAAGAUAACAGUUUGGGAACCUUAAACAGCAUGCUCUGUAUCGCUUAUGUGGAUUUUGCCACGGAUGCCACUUGGAUCUUUGUCCUGCAUGGUACUGAGAUGCAUUUGCUCAGGGAGAGUGGAGGGCUUUCAGUACCUUACAGGACCUACUCUGCAGCCAGUCUAUCUCUCUGGAUAAGUGGAGAUGUAACGUAAUGUAACCUACCGUAAAACUCUGUUUUAUUUUGAAGAAAAAUGCAAGUGCUGAAUUGAUUGCACUGACAUGCUGGCUCUAAUUCCAGUAGCAGUCUCAGAGUGAAGCUUUCCUGUGGAAAAGAUGGGCCAAAUCUGGCACUUACCUCGAUGUGAUCCUACUGGUAUAUUUUAUUUAACAUCUAUAUUGUGGUAGCACAAAAAGGCCAACCAGAAUUAGGGCCCACUGCUGGAGGUUGUACAGACGUAUCAUAAAUGAGAGUCCGUACCGUAAGGAGUCUCCCAUUGACUGCAAUCAGUUGACUGAGUUGUGCUGAUGUGACAAAGAGCCACAUUUUAAUCAGUUUUAAUUAGAGGAAAGUUCCACUGUGGUUAUAACAAGGGUGGAGUUGAAAAUAAGCACCAGAUCUUAUGGAUUCUUGUAUGCAUUAUCUUCUUCGCCUAUUUUACUCCUUUGUUUCCUGUACAGCUGUGUAACAUCCCAUUUACUGGCAUCCAUUGCAUUUUGUCUCCAAGUUUGUAACUGCUAACAUUAUAUUCAGACCUUUACACUUGGUAACUCAGGAGCCUAGUAAGUCAUAGACACUUUUCUACUGAUCUCAAUCUACAUUAAAUAUGGCUCAUACCUCUUACAUUCUGUCAUUUCAGCAAACCAUGAGGAAUAAACUCUAUGUCCUUUUGAUUAGAUAACACACAAUAGUUAUGCUUUGCAUCUGACCAACAUGCCUUCUACUUUUUGCUUUUCAUAUCACCCUAAAGUUAUUUUAUGUAGUAAGUUUUAAUUUUAUUUUUCUAUCUGUAGGGUUCUAAUACAUUUCAUAGAUUUCAUAGACGUUAGGGCUUGAAGGGACUUCGAAGAUCGUCAAGUCCAGGCCCCUGCACUGUGAUGGUCUUGAUUACUGUCAGGAAUUUGUAGCUGGUGUUUCAUUUUUCAUGUUCACCAUACGUCACUUUUGGAAUAGAACAGAUGUCCUUUACUCUUUGGUAUGGCCCCAUUUCAACAUAUGUCAGCUGUCAGUAGCUAACAUAAAAGCUUCAGGAAAAAAUACUUUCCUGAACCAAUUGAAAAAUUAAAGCAUUAUUGAAUCUCUCCAAAGAAUCAUAGGUGAGAGGUUUGGGAGGGCAUUUCUGGACCAUUAAACUGUUGUUUUGCCCUUGGGACUAAUCUGAAAUUUGUCUUCCAAGGAGCAAGUUGUUUUCUCUUAGACUAUGGAGGUCAAAUUCCAUUGUCUGCCUGUCUGUCUUUAAUCUGUGUGACUUAAUCUUGACUAUCAUAUUUCUCUGAGUUUUGUUAUCUUUUUUUUCUUUUUUUCAAACAACAAAAGUACCCCAAAUUGUAGGAGUCCUUGUUGACUUCAUUUUUUGCUCAAUCUCUAAAUUCAUGUUCCUAUUGUCAUUUCCAUCUAUCAACUAUGUUCACAAUUAUUCCAACAAGGUACAGCCUGUUAAUUAAUGUGCAUUUUCUAUUUCCUUCUUAAUUUAGGACAGUCUCUGUACCUAGUUUUGAUCUUUCUGUUAUGUUUGA